CCUAUCAUGGGGGACUGGAGCUUUCUGGGUAAUAUUUUAGAGGAAGUGAAUGAGCACUCAACGGUGAUUGGCCGGGUGUGGCUCACGGUCCUCUUCAUCUUUCGCAUCCUCAUCCUGGGUACGGCAGCAGAGUUUGUGUGGGGUGACGAGCAGUCGGACUACGUCUGUAACACGCAGCAGCCCGGUUGUGAGAACGUGUGUUACGACGAGGCCUUCCCCAUCUCUCACAUCCGCCUGUGGGUUCUGCAGAUCAUCUUCGUGUCCACGCCAUCUCUGGUGUACGUAGGCCAUGCCGUGCACCACGUCCACAUGGAGGAGAAACGCAAGGAGCGCGAAGAGGCCGAGCUGAGUCGCCAGCAGGAGCUGAGUGAGGAGCGGCUGCCUCUAGCGCCUGACCAGGGCAGUGUGCGCACCACCAAGGAGGCCAGCACCAAGGGCAGCAAGAAGUUCAGGCUGGAAGGCACCCUGCUGAGGACCUAUAUCUGCCACAUAAUCUUCAAAACGCUGUUUGAGGUGGGCUUCGUCGUGGGCCAGUACUUCCUGUACGGCUUCCGCAUCCUGCCGCUGUACAAGUGCAGCCGCUGGCCCUGCCCCAACACUGUGGAUUGCUUCGUGUCGCGCCCCACAGAGAAGACUGUCUUCAUCAUAUUCAUGCUGGCCGUGGCCUGCGUCUCCCUCUUCCUCAACUUCGUGGAGAUUAGUCACCUGAGCCUGAAGAAGAUCCGCUUUGUCUUCUGCAAGCCAGCCCCGGGGCCAGCCCAGGGUGAGGGCCCAAGCCCCCUGCCCUCUCCAGUGGGGGUCCUCAAGAGCCUGCCCCCCCUGGCCAUGCCUUACUUCCAGAGGACAAAAGGCUACAGGCUGCUGGAGGAGGAGACCCACCCCUACCCCCUGGCGGAGGCAUGCAUGGAGGCAGGGAGGCUAAUCCCUCUGGCCCCGCCCUUUCAGUGCAAGGAGGAGAAAGCGGAGGAACUGGGGCACAUGGAGGACAUUUCGAAGGUGUACGAUGGUACCUUGCCUUCCUACGUCCAGACCACAGAGAUAGGGGAGGAAACACUACCACUACAGCAAGAGAAGGAGGAGCAGCAGGAGGAGGAGGUGGAGGAUGAAGAGGAGGAGGUGGUGAAGGAGGUGGAUGUGGUGGAUGGAGUGACAGAAGAGGAUGUGGUGGAUGGAGUGGUAGAAGAGGAUGUGGUGGAGGAUGUGGUGGAUGGAGUGGCAGAAGAGGAUGUGGUGGAUGGAGUGACAGAAGAUGAUGUGGUGGAUGGGGUGGUGGAGGAUGGAGUGGUAGAGAAAGUGGUAGAUGGGGGGGUGGAAAGGAAGAAAGAGGAAGAGGAGUGUGAGGAGGAUGCAGUGGAGGAGGUUGUUGAGAAUGUGGGGGAGGUGGUGGAGGAGGAAGUGGUGGAUGGGGACGGGGGACCUUCAACCAAGGUGGGGAUGGAGGCGAUGGAUACGAUAGAGGACACAAGACCACUGAGCAGAUUGAGCAAAGCCAGCAGCAGGGCCAGGUCAGACGAUCUCACCGUAUAAACCUGUGAGAGAACACACACACACAAACACUGAACACAGGAGAACACACACACACAAACACUGAACACAGGAGAACACACACAUCUAGCUCAAGACAACAAACACUUAUUACCAUUAGGACGUGGGUAACAUCACUCAAUAAGGCAACAAAAACAUCUGUGCUCCUUUGUGAGAUAAGUGAAUAUUAUAAAAAGGUGUGUUUUAAGAGAGGAGGGAUAGACUUUUUUAUUAAGUUAGUUAUAUGAAACCAAAUGUAGAAAGGACAAACAUGCAAAGAGGGGAAAAAUAUUUUUUACUUGAUGAAAAUCCAUGCUGUCGACCUUUUUCUAUAGAAAGACUUUCAACAAUUACCAAUGAAAGAUUACUAAUGUUUACAUAUUCUGUGGGGUUGAAUAGGUAGGGGGAAGAGAUUGAUCAGAUAUUGUUGUGUGUCUGCACAGCAGUAAAAUGACUGUAGGCAGGCAAUCACUUUCAUAUGUAGCUGCAAAUAUGUUGCAGGUGGAAGGGCUGUUCCACACCAAGUCCGUUGCACAGAAAACGUAUGACUCUUUAACACCAAGUUGAUAGUCCAUUUUUGGAUUGAAAAUAGUUAUUUUUGCACAAUUUGUUUUAGAGGAUAUAGAACUGUGCAAGGCCUAUAUAAACAUGAUAUCACCUAAACUACACAUCGAUUUACUCUUCUUUCAAUUGAAGGCAGAUUUGCAAUAAAGUACAAGAGCAUAUUUGUCCUUUUCAUGUUUCUAUACAGACUAGUACAGCUCAAAAGCAGAGUAGUAGAGAAAAACAAACCAGAAAAGGACCAGAUGUUACUGGUCUCUUUUCAAUGGGAUUUUACAUGUGAUCUUGCGGAUUGCUUAUAUCUUUCCUUGCCUAUAUAAUAAGUGGGCACUGUGCAAAUGUUGUCUGUCUGAAAAGAGAGGAGUGCUGGUUUUGCCCGAUCACAGACUGGACCAUAGUAACGACCUCACGGCAAAUCCUCUCUUUCCGCGCUGUACAAACCGGCGUCAGGGCGAUAAAGAUCACGCACGAUCAGCACAAAGUAUUGUUGAGCCACAGACAAUAAAAUAAACCACUCAUAUAUGAAAACAAGCAUCCUUGACAUUGUUGUGGGGGGGAAUCAUUUUACUUGAUUUUAUUUGCUCUUGAUGGGCUUUUCCCCUGUACAAAUAUGAAAUAGUUAUGGUAAUGUUUACAACAUUUUCUAAAAAAAAAACCUAGAAAAGGAGAAUCUUAUUGUACAUAAAGUAUAAUUGUAUCUGAUGUCUAAUAGCAAACAUUAUGUUGAGAACACAGUUUAAAUUAUGAUAUAAUCUAUAGCUAAAUUAUUAUUACUAUGAUGACAAUCGUUCGCUUAUUCAAUAUAGAAACUACCAGUUAUUUAUUUAAACCCUAGAAAAAACUUCCAUAACUCUGCUACAGUCACUGUUUCAGUAGGGAAAAUGAAGUGCAUUUCAAAACCUGAGCAUUAUUUCCAUAAUUACCAAAGACUUGCAUUUCUGAACCUUUUGAUCUGUCUUCUCUCUGUCCCAGAGAUGUUCUGUUUUUGUAUUAUUAAGUUGUACAAGAGCAGAAGUUUAUCUUACAAGUACUUAAAACAAAUCUAACAAAAACAAUGCCCAAUGAAAGGGAUGCUUUAAAGUACGACCAAAUAUUUAUCUAUUUUUCUCUUGCGCUCUCUGCUUUAUUUAAAUUGCUUGGCUAUGUUGCUUUCUAGUGUAUCAUU